CCUCCCUGGUGUCCGGCUACCGCCGCUGCGUGCUGACACCCAACGUGGCGGAGCUGGGCCGCAUCGCUGGGGCGGUGGGGCUGCAGCUGCCGGGGGGCAUGGGAGACCACUGGCUGCAGCAUGCGCCCAGAGUGGCGGAAGCAUUCAAAGGGCCGGUGGUCCUUGCCAAGGGAGGAGUCGACCUCAUCUGUGCUGCCGCCGCUGCUGCUGCCACCGAUACCGAUACCAAUACUGAUACCAGCUCGUCACCCGCUUCUGGCACUGCCGUACAGCAGCAGCAGCAGCCGCAACCGCAACGAGGGCAAGAGGGGCAAGUCCAGGGGCGGCUACAGCAGCUGCAACAGCACUUGCAACCCGCAGGAGAAGGGAUGGGUGCAGCAGCAGGUACAGAGACCCAUGGGUCGGCUGAGCCGCAGCUGCUGUUGCGGUGUUCGGACCCUGGCUCCCUCCGGCGCUGUGGCGGCCAGGGUGACGUGUUGGCAGGCACCAUUGCCGCCUUCCUCUGUUGGGCCGCCAAGCACCAACAACAGCAGCAGCAACAACAGCGCUUGCAACACCAACCCCAACCCCAAGAACAGGAGCAGCCAGCCUCCGGAUCCGACCCAUCCCAGCAGCAAGGACAACAACACGCCCCUGCCUCCUCAACCGCCCCCGCCUUCUCAACCGCCGCUGCCGCUGCUGACCCGCUUCUUGAC